CUCCCAGCCCCCUUCCGGCCGGCACACAUGGUCUCCAAGUUCAACUUUGCCGCCCUGGCCACCCUGGUCACCGGCGGCUCGUUCUCCUUCCUCUCCUCCUCCGCCCCUUCGGCUUCGUCCGCCGCUCCGCCCUCGGCUGCCUCCGCCACCGCUCCGCCCGCUCCGCCCGUGCUGCCUGCUCCGCCCGCUCCACCUGGCUCGGCAUCGGUUCCGGUCGCGCCGCCUGCAUCCGGCCAUGGCUCGACACCGUCGUUCAUGUCGUCGCUCUCGCGGCCAGUUCGCCCGCGUCCGCCGGGUGCCGCUACGCUCCGACGCGGGGCGGCGACGCUGGCGCGCGAUGGCUCGCAGAACGCACCACAGACAGCCACAGGCUAUGGAGCAUGGCUGACUGCAGCAGGCAAGGCCGUGCUGGGAGUCACCGCUCUUGGAGGCGCAGGUGCGCUCGCUGUCUACGCCUACAACUGGCACAAAGCCCGCGUCCAGGCUGAUGUGCGCAAGCGAUCUGAGCAGCUCCAUCGCGAACGUGUGGCGGCGCUCGUGACCGGCUCGCCCGUCCCCGACGAGUACGUCGACCCAAUCACCCUCGAGCUGAUGAGCGACCCGGUCCUCACCGCCGACGGCCACACUUACGAGCGCGCCGCUAUCGAGCGGUGGCUCGCCGACCACAACACCUCCCCCAAGACCGGCCUCCCACUUCCGUCCAAGGAUCUCAUCCCCAACUACGCACUCCGCAACGCUAUCCAGCGGUUCGAGGCCGAAGUCCUCGCCGCCGCCGCAGACUACGAGAUCGACAACCUCAAGCCGGUCGAUCCGAAGGACACUCUCGGCCUUGCUGUCUCCUUCCACUCGUGAACCGAGUCGAGGAUGCUCCCGUCCCUCCCCCCUCCUCCUCUCUGGCCCUUGCGUCAUGUAGACCGACUCGGACUCGGCUGCCCAGUGUCCACACGAGGAGGGCAACAAAGACAACGAGGUGAAGUGCCUUGACCUUGAAGCAUCCCUGCCCCAUAUCCACCGCCCAAACGUCUUGCUCAUCCCCUCCCUCUACGCGCAGAUCCAAGCAUCAGGCACAUUGUGGCGG